GUGAAACAAGCGUUCCCCCACCACUCUACCCUCGAUCGGAUGGUCGAAAACCAGAUGAAAUCCUCAUAGUGGUCCGCCGCGUCGUCCUCUCCCCAGACGGCGUUGGCCCACUCCAGAGCCAAUCCAGAGCCUUCCCGGAUAGACAGCAGAUGAGGGCUCGCUCUCACAUCCCGAAGGAGCCAGGUGGACGGUCGCCAGAUCUCUCUCUUCCAGCAUCUCUGAGUGUCAGUCCUGACAGAUCUCAGUUCUUUGAAUAUGAGUCUGUCUCUCUGAGCUGUGAGGUUCAGGGGAACUCUGCUAGAUGGAGAGUGGUGAGGAACACAGAGAGAGGAAUCCUUUCAGAGUGUAAUACUGACUGGGGAAAACAACAAGGGUCUUCAUGCAUUGUAUCACUAAUAACAUCAGACAGUGGAGUGUACUGGUGUGAGUCUGGGUCUGGAGAACACAGCAAUGCUGUCAACAUCACAGUACAUGAUCUCUCUGUUCCAGCCUCUCUGAGUGUCAGUCCUGACAGAUCUCAGUUCUUUGAAUAUGAGUCUGUCUCUCUGAGCUGUGAGGUUCAGGGGAACUCUACUGGAUGGAGAGUGGUGAGGAACUCAGAGAGAGGAAUCCUUUCAGAGUGUCAUACUGACUGGGGAAAACAACAAGGUUCUUCAUGCAUUGUGUCACUAAUAACAUCAGACAGUGGAGUGUACUGGUGUGUGUCUGGGUCUGGAGAACACAGCAAUGCUGUCAACAUCACAGUACCUGCUGGAGCUGUGAUCCUGGAGAGCCCUGCCCUUCCUGUGACUGGGGGAGAUUCUGUGACUCUGCGCUGCAGAUAUCAGGGAACUCCCUCUAACCUCACAGCUGUUUUCUACAAAGAUGGAUCCCUCAUCAGGACUGAGACUACAGGAGAGAUGACCAUCCCUGCAGUAUCCAAGUCAGAUGAAGGACUCUACAAGUGUACCAACUCUGAAGGAGAAUCACCAGAGAGCUGGAUGACAGUGACAGAUCUCUCAGAUCUCUCUCUUCCAGCCUCUCUGAUUGUGAGUCCUGACAGAUCUCAGUUCUUUGAAUAUGAGUCUGUUUCUCUGAGCUGUGAGGUUCAGGGGAACUCUGCUGGAUGGAGAGUGGUGAGGAACACAACGAGAGGAAUCCUUUCAGAGUGUAAUACUGACUGGGGAAAACAACAAGGGUCUUCAUGCAUCGUGUCGCUAAUACUAUCAGACAGUGGAGUGUACUGGUGUGAGUCUGGGUCUGGAGAACACAGCAAUGCUGUCAACAUCACAGUACAUGCUGCAGGUCCAACUCCCAUUCCAUCUCCAGCAGUCCCAGUGUUGUCCAUGUCUCUACCCAGACUGUUGUGUAUUCUACUGGUGGGGUCUCCCUACCUGCUGGUGACCAUCAUACUGCUGGUGAAAUACUGCAGGAGCAGGGCUCAAGGGGAAACCAGGGUACCCAGGAAGACCCACCAAGACCAAUUAGGUGAUCAUGUUGAAGAAGAGUGAGGCUGAGAUCACCUGAUCACC